CGUCUCCAUGCCCAGCCCACUAGUACUCGCAGGGGUCGCAUAGUCCCUCUCCUCUCGCACGAAGAAGAAGCAACUUGCAGAUUUAGAGAAAGAAACAAAAGCUGAAGCAUCAAAUUGGCGUUGUUGGAUUUCACACGGACACUGAAAUACGCUUUCAUGGUUGACAUUUGCUGUUGAAUGUUAGGUUUUUAGGGCUAAUUCGUGCUCGUUCCCUUCCACAUAAAGGCCCCUCUUCCAAAACCCUAGGAAACAGGAAGUUGAACGUGGCAAGGCCUCAAGGUGUUUCAACUUGUGCCCUAGCUCAAAAAUUCGUGCUUCUCGCGUAAAAUAAGUGUUGCAGCCUGUAGAAAGAUCAUAUCUACUUGGUUUUUUCUCUGUGGAAUAUUUCUCAACCGUUCAUCAAGUGAAAGAAAAUAUUGUCUUGAAUUGCUGAAGGAAGGCCUGAUUGAUUACUUAUUUAUGCAAGGCUUAUGAAGAAACAAAGUUAUAUACAAGCAGCUAGUUGGUUUCAGACCUAAGUACCAUCAUCACAAGUGAGCUAAAACCUGCUUCAGUGUUAUCAGCUUAGUUCUUGAUGUUUUAAUAGAUGGGAGGUGAAGCUCUUAGACAUUAGGAGUGGGAAUGCAUGGAUGUAAUUCUGGAUCGGCUCUCCUUGUAAAUGCUGAGGUUGAUUCCAUGGGAGGAGUUAUUGACGGCGGAGUUGGCAUAGGGUUGAAAACCUCUCCCCGCCGAGCAGCCAUUGAGAAGGCUCAGGCAGAGCUCAGACAGGAGUAUGAUGUUCGUGAGGAAAGAAAAAGGGAGCUAGAAUUUCUUGAAAAAGGUGGGAAUCCUCUGGACUUCAAGUUUGGGAAUGCUGCUUCAGCUAGUGUCCAAUCUACUUCACUCACUGAUCAACACCAUGAGCAGUUUGUGACCAGUGAAGCAAAAGGUAGUUUUGCUUUGACGGCGUCCCCUCAUGGUGACUCUGUUGACAGUAGUGCUAGACCAGGUGCUCCUUCAGUUAGUGAACCUAAUACUGCUGAUGAUAUCUUAGUUUUGGGUAUUGAUAAUGAGUUACCUAAGGGUGAAAGGAGGUCUGUACAUCAAAGUAGAAGGAACAAUGUUGCUCCAUCUGAGCAGUCUUCCAAAAUUGAUGGGAGUCAAAAUGCUAAGGACUCAGAAGAUUCUGCCAUUUUCCGCCCAUAUGCUCGAAGAAAUAGGUCCAGAACAAAUCAUGGUCCUCGGGGCAGUUCAAGGGAUGGGAAGGGGUUGGUAUCUGAAACAGGCAACUUGAAGGACCAUAAUUUGCCUGCUGUUUCUAAGCCAAAGCCCCCAAAUAUAAAUGGCGAGGUAGUUACUAAAGAUAUCAUUUCUGUCAAUCCUUUGGUUAGCAAAUUGGAUGGUGUCCGAGCUGAUCAAACAACUAGUGGCAAUAGCAUUCCUGAAGUUAAAUUGGAUAUCACUGUCAAAAUAAACUGUAAGGAAGAUCGGUGUACUCUGCCUUCUCAUGAUGAUACUGUACAAAACCCAGUCGUCAUGGCUUCUGGGGAGGCUGAUGCAGUUGAAGAAAGGGAACCGUUAACUUCUGCUGAUCUGGAGCCUCUGCCUAAAGCUAUGAAACCAGAAAAUGAAUCCUGUUCUGGCCAGCAAAAUGAAAUUGCCGGCAUAAAAGCAGAUAACAAGGGCAUAGUGAAUGAAGAACAAAAUGGUGAUGCUGCCUUAGGUGGGGUGAUUUUCAAUUCAGGGUCUUCUUGUGCCCAAACUAGUGUAGGUAGAGAUGUUAACAAUGAUAGUGACAUGUGUAACAAUGCAAAAAAUGUUAAUGGCAAUGGAAGUGCUGUGGGAAAGAUGCCAGAAUUUGAUAAGAAACUAAAUUUAACUGGUUGUGAAGUAAAAGAAAGGAUUAAGACCAAUGCUAGUGAAGGUGGGGCUACUGAUAACAAUGGGAAUGAUGAUGGUUGCGGAAACCAUUAUGGUAGUGGUAAUAUGGUCAAAGCUGAGGAAGAUGUUUGCGUUAACAGCUCUUCCAUGCAAAACAAGUCAAGUGAUUUUUCCAAUAUCAAGGGACAAAAUGACAGUACUGUAUCAAAAACUGAUAAAGAGUUUAAUGAUGUCUUGGUGGAUCAUUCCAACCCUGUCAAGGGCAGCAGCUCUGGAAGACACCACCAGGAGCCAAUGGAUGUGUCAAAUCGUGAGCUUCCUCAGGCAGUUCUGGCAGAAAAGGUUCCUACUACUGCCCCUGACCUUCAGCCAUGUUCCAAUCACCAUUUAUUGGCAGAUAGGGCACGUGAAGAUUCUAUUUUGGAAGAGGCACGGAUUAUAGAGGCCAAGCGGAAGAGGAUCACAGAAUUGUCAUCAAUUCGCACUUUACCCACACAGAACCACCGUAAAUGUCACUGGGGUUUUGUCCUUGAGGAAAUGGCAUGGAUGGCAAAUGAUUAUGCCCAGGAAAGACUUUGGAAGAUAACUGCUGCAGCACAAUUAUGUCAUCAAGCUGUUUUUACCUCUCGUUUAAGAUUGGAAGAGAAAAAUAAACAUAGGGGAAUUAAAGUUGUGGCUUACAACAUAGCUAAGGCUGUCAUGCAGUUCUGGCAUUCAGCUGAGCUUCUUCUAGAAAACAGUGAUGCUAGUAUGAACUACACUGGUGCUUUGUCAGAAUCUGUGAAAGUUGAUGUGGUAGAAGCUUCUAGGAACAAGAGAAGAAAUUCAGAUGUGAAGACAAACAGACAUUUGGACGAACAACAUCCCUGGAAAAACGUGGCUAAGAAUCUGCAAGCUUAUGCUUUGAGAUUUUUGAAGUAUAGUAAGCCUUAUGAAACUUCCUCUCAAGCUGAAGCACCAACAACACCUGAUAGGAUAUCUGAUUCAGGCACUCUGGGCAUGCCAUGGGAGGAGCAUCUUACAGAAGAAAGUCUCUUCUAUAUGGUUCCUUCGACAGCAAUGGAAGCAUACCGAAAAUCUGUUGAAUCUCAUUUCCUACACGUUGAGAAAACUGGGAGUAGCAUGCAGGAGGAAGUUGAGAUAUCUCUUUAUGAUGCUGCACCAGAGUUUGGAUCAGAAGAGAAUGCAUAUGAUGAGGAUGAUGGAGAAACAAGCACUUACUACUUGCCUGGUGUCUAUGAGGGUAGAAAACCAAAAUCAGCUCACAAGAAGCAUAGAAACAUGAUGAAAUCUUACCCUCCAAGGUCCUGUGACUUUGGGGCUGAUUUUCCCUAUGGAAAUUAUACAUCUGGAUCUCAGCCAUCCAUGCUAAUAGGAAAAAGGCCUGCUAGCUUAAAUGUUGGGCCUAUAACAAAACGCAUGCGAACAGCUUCUAGACAGAGAGUUGUAAGUCCUUUCACAGCUGGGAUCACAGGGACAGUGCAGCCUCAAGUUAAGACAGAUGCUUCAAGUGGGGAUACCAAUUCCUUUCAAGACGACCAAAGUACUUUACACUGCGGAUCUCAGAUUCAGAAAAGUGUGGAGGUGGAGUCAAUUGGAGAGUUUGAAAGGCAGUUACUGUAUGACUGUGCUGAAAUGCCUGUUAAAACAAAGAAGAAGAAGAAGGCAAAGAAUCUGCUUUUAUUUCUGCAGGGUUCUACAUGUGAUCAGGGAUGGCAGGUGGAUUCAGUUCUAAACGAACAGAGGGAUCAUUCCAAGAAGAGAUUAGACAGUCAUCAUUUUGAUCCUAACGGAAGCAGUGGUUUGUAUGCCCAACAUAUUGUGAAGAAGCCAAAGACAAUGAAGCUGACACUUGAUAAUACAUUUGACAACAUUCCUACAAUGAAUGGUUCUAUUCCUUCUCCAGCUACUUCGCAAAUGAGUAACAUGUCCAAUCAAAGUAAACUCAUUAAAAUUCGGGAUAGAGGCCGUAAGGCAAAAUCACUGAAGAUACCUGCUGGACAGCCUGGUUCCGGAAGUCCUUGGUCACUUUUUGAAGACCAGGCCCUUGUUGUCCUGGUACACGAUAUGGGUCCAAACUGGGAGCUUGUUAGUGAUGCUAUUAAUAGCACUCUUCAAUUUAAGUGUAUCUUCCGGAAGCCAAAAGAAUGCAAGGAUCGUCAUAAGUUCUUGAUGGAUAGAAGUGCUGGGGAUGGUGCUGAUAGUGCCGAAGAUUCUGGGUCUUCCCAGUCUUAUCCAUCUACACUACCUGGAAUUCCUAAGGGUAGUGCCAGGCAGUUAUUUCAACGAUUGCAAGGACCCAUGGAGGAGGAUACCCUCAAGUCUCAUUUUGAGAAUAUUAUGAAGAUUGGGCAGAAGCAAUACUACCGUAGGAAUCAGAAUGAUAUCCAGGAUUUGAAACAAAUAGUACCUGUUCAUAAUUCACAUGUAAUUGCUCUUACCCAAGUCUGUCCAAACAACCUCAAUGGAGUUCUUCUAACGCCCCUUGAUCUUUGUGAUACAAAUGCGCCAACCCCAGAUGCCCUUUCCCUUGGGUACCAAGGUUCAACUGCUGGUGGUUUGGCAUUAUCAAAUCAAGGUUCAUUGCCAUCAAUGCACCCCACAUCAGGGGCAAAUUCCUCACUUCCAGGUUCUUCUGGCUUGGCACUUGGUAAUAACUUGACAUCACCAUCUGGUCCAGUUCCUGCCUCUGUCAGGGAUAUUAGGUAUGGGGUUCCGAGAACUUCACCUUUAUCUGUCGAUGAGCAGCAGAGAAUGCAACAGUAUAAUCAAAUGAUAUCUGGCAGAAAUAUGCAGCAGGCUAGCAUGUCCGUUCCUGGAUCCCUUUCUGGAAGUGAUCGUGGUGUUCGUAUGCUGCAUGGUGGAAAUGGUAUGGGCAUGAUGUGUGGCAUGAAUAGAAGCAUGUCCAUGUCAAGGCCUGGGCUUCAAGGUAUGGCACCAUCAUCUAUGCUGAAUUCUGGAAAUUUGCAUUCCUCUAGCAUGGUGGGGAUGCCGAGCCCUGUAAAUAUGCACUCAGGAGUUGGUACAGGACAAGGCAACUCAAUGCUGAGACCUCGUGAGGCUCUACAUGUGAUAAGGCCGGGUCAUAAUCCAGAACAUCAAAGGCAAAUGAUGGUUCCAGAGCUGCCGGUUCAGGUCUCCCAAGGGGCCAGCCAGGGUAUCUCGGCCUUUAAUGGGUUGAGUUCUGCCUUUAAUAAUCAGACAUCUCCACCACCUGUCCAGCCAUACCCAGGGCAUGCUCAGCAGCCACAUCAGAUACCUCAGCAACAGUCUCAUCUCAGCAGUUCUCAUCCUCAUCUUCAAGGUACAAAUCAUGCCACUAAUCCCCAGCAGCAAGCCUUGGCACUCCGUUUGGCCAAGGAAAGGCGGCUGCAGCACCAGCAACGAUAUCUGCAGCAGCAACAAUUUGCUUCAUCAAAUACACUGAUGCCGCAUGUUCAGGCACAGUCCCAACUUCCCGUGUCAUCAGCUUCACAGAACAGUUCUCAGAUUCAAUCUCAAAAUUCAUCUCAGCAAGGAGUACCUGUCUCCCCUGUAACAUCUCAGCACCAGCAGCAGAAACAUCACCUGCCACAACAUGGUUUCAGCAGGAAUCCUGGUGCUAGUGGAUUGACCAACCAAGCAGUUAAACAACGGCAACGACAGCCACAACAGCAGCAAUAUCAGCAGCCUGGUAGGCAGCAUCCUAAUCCACGGCAGCAUGCAGAGUCUCAGCAACAGGCUAAACUUGUGAAGGGAAUAGGAAGAGGAAAUAUGUUGGCUCAUCAGAACAUCUCUUUGGAUGCUUCUCAUCUAAAUGGCCUCUCUAUACCUCCAGGAAGUCAAAACCCUGAGAAAGGGGACCCAGUGAUGCACGUAAUGCAAGGACAGAACUCAUAUCCUGAAUCUGGUUUAAGUUCAAAUCAACAGUCAAAGCCAUUGCCUUCUGUUCAUUCUACAAACCAUUCUCAGUUGCAGCAGAAGCUGCAUCCUGCGGCAACAGCCACUUCAUCAAAGCAUGCUCAAUCAAUGGUAUCUGCUGAUAGUAGUGCUCAAGAAUCAUCAGGACAUAUUUUGUCAUCACCACAACCAGCUGUUAUUACUUCUAAUCAUCACCAGAUGCAGCUACAAUCUCAUCCUCAGUCUAAGCAAAUUAAUCAAACUCAAUCAAACGUGCAGAGAAUGAUACAGCAGAGUCGUGCAGUACAUUCUGAGUUGCCAAGCAAAUCUCAGUCUGAUCCCACUCAAGUUGAUCAGCAGCCUACUAACAGUACUUCUGAGGUUAGCAUGAGCUCUGUUAUGACUCAGGGUUGCAUUGAUUCAGCGAAUGUGGUAUCUGCCAUUCCUACUGCAUCUUCUCAGUGGAAAACAUCAGAACCUCCAUCUGACUCCAAUAUGCCCAAUUCAGCCAUGCAAGCAGGCUCCUUGGGAAAUGCAGCUGCUGGAAAUUCAGCUGUAAAAGAGCCAUUGCCACAGAUUAGUCAAGGAAUAGGCUCAAGACAGUUGUCGGUUAAUUUGCCUUCUCAUUCACAGAAUUCUGGGGCACAUUGGCCGCAGCAGCCACUGCCGCUGCAACAGUCUUCAUCACAGCCCGUCCUAUCCCAACAGCCAUAUAAGCCACAAGAACAGCAACUGCAAAAGCAACAGGAUCAAGAGAAAAAUUCACCCAAACAGGUGGCUUUACAACAUCAGUCUCAGCAGCAAGUGCAACCAGGACAAAGCAGUCUGUUCAUCCGUCCCCCAAAUUCUAGAGUGGAGUGACGCAUUCUAUAGCUGGAGCUGCCAAGAGUGGUUGGUUCUGUCAGGAAUGGAGUCUGUAUGCUCUUUUGACAGCAAUGUACAGAUGAAGUUGGUUACCCAUGAGGACAACAGAAAUCCAUUGUUUUCUGCAGGUCCUGUUAAAAAUUCACGAAACUUAUAUUGGCAGGCAUUCCUUUAGUUUAUUCUUUUUCUGCAAAUCUUGUAUAUUACCACUGUAUUUAGAGGGUUAUUCCCCGACCUCCACUUUUUUUUUUUUCUUUUUCUUUUUUGGUUUCUUGGGGAAGAGACGAAUAUAGAGGUAUAUGUACAGGGCCGUCUCUUUUCCUUGUAGUUGUAACCCCUGGUUUUUUUUUCCCCUUGUUCUUCCUGCCUAUGUGCAGAAGAACGUAACCCUCUUCCUUUUUUGCCCUAGUAGAUUAGUGGAUGUAUUAUUACCCUCUCAGAUAAAUGGGAUAGCAAUCAUUUUUCUGGGCAAACAGCCAAUUGAAAGUAUUGUGAAUAUAAAUCUCUGGUGUAUGAAUUGGCCAAA